AUGGCCGAGCAGUCGCUGGAACGAUUGGAUCAGGAGAUCACCCUUCACCUGCAGCAAAUUGACUCAAACUUAAGCUAUUGUUUCAAUAAAAUCACUCAAGAUGUUAUUCCACAUGUCACGAAAUAUGGCACUGUGUGUGAUCAAGUCAUGGACAGCUCCAAUUGGCUAAAAAUUAUGUUUCAAGAAGCUGGAAACUUACAAAUCGACUCUGUUGCAGCAACAGAGUCUCCAGUAGCUGCUUCUAAAUACCAACCCCCGGCUGAAACAACUGAUCAGAGCUCCCUACAAACGCUCUUCCCAGGAAAGCCUCGUUUGAGCCCCGAUACUUCGAGCAUGAUGGCCCCUCCCAUAAUACUCCAGAAGACUUCACAAACCCCGGAAGUGACCACCACAACUACCACGGGAAAAGUUCUUCAGCUGCCAGACUCUAGCGACGACGAGAAUGAAAGAGAAGCUUCAGAAAAAAAUCGGACCCUAGGCCAAGAUCCCGAACAGUCAGGGCAAGCGGAGCAGGAGACAGAUCCAGAUGGGAGUACCAUGCAACGCCAGAGACGCAAACGCAAACUAUCACUACUUUUACAACAACAAUUUGGAUCAAGCUCUAGCAGCGUAGCGCCAUCUCCAGCUCAACUCAAACGCCCUACCACGUCUAACUUUGACAGCUCACCUGUUCGGAAAGAUGCGUCUGGGCAAAUAGAAAGUACAAAGCACAACCCCGUCGAGCCCGGUACAGUGAUCUAUUUCCCUACCAGAGAUGAACCUUAG